GCAGGUGCGCGCGUUUUUCGCUGCGUGUACGUUAUUUGAUAAGCGCGUGCACUGGCGCGGAAAACAGGACGAAUGAGGCCACCAACGUAUGACAGGCGCGCUUUUAAGAUUAUUACAUAAACUUGCCUGAACGCCACGUAUACUACACCUGCGUGACACUCCUAUCGCGGAUUCGGAAAUUGCGAUAACUGGCGAAUAACUUUGCACGGUACUUUUGCUUUAUUAGCACGCGGAAUUUUAAGGAAAAUCAAUAAAGAUUGCAGUAUAAUAACACGCGAAACGUGCUUGGAUGCGUCACAGGAUCUCAACAGGCUGUUUAAAUAUAUUAAAUAAUAAUAAAUAAUAUUAAAUAAUGAAAAUUAAUUAACAAUAAUAAAACUUUACGGCUAAUAGUAAAAUCCAUUCUCGCUGCGAGGUAGAAGCGUACAAGAGAACAUUAUCUUCCGUUACAUUCUCGCUCUGCUUUCCUCCAAGAGAAAAAUAAUAAUUUACUCUAAUUUUUAUCGGCUCGAUUGUUGGUCUCUCGUUGUCCCCGGUACUCCACGUUAUGUCAGAAUUUUCAUAACUACGUGUCACUCUCGUCAAGGGGACAGCCGGUGCUGCAGGCAAUCGGGAAUUGUCACUGUCCUCACGUUGACACUCCGCUCGCUGGGGCGAUAACAGUCAACAGCUGUUAUAACCUGCUGUAGGAUUGUGGAGACACGUAGCUCUCGUUCUAGCCUCAAGAGAGUUUCUCUGGAGUUUGGAUAUCUGGCAACAUGCAGGAACAAGAUAUUCCAAUCGACAUCAACACUGGCAAGUUGCUGGACUGGAUGACCAAUCGUCGGCACUGCAAGAAGGACUGGCACACGAGUGUCCUAGCUAUCAGGGAGAAAAUUAAUAACGCCAUAAGGGAUAUGCCGGCUCAUGAUGGCAUCGCUUCGCUGUUAUCCGGCACUUACAUAAAUUAUUUUUAUUGCGUCAAGAUUGUGGAAAUCUUGAAGGAGACAGAGGCGGACACGAGGAAUCUGUUCGGCCGUUACGGCUCGCAGAGAAUGAAGGACUGGCAAGAGGUUUUGCGGCUGUACGAGAAGGAUAAUGUGUACCUGGCAGAAGCUGCGCAGAUGCUGAUGAGGAAUGUCAACUACGAGGUCCCCAAUAUCAAGAAACAGAUACAGAAGCUGGAGCAAUCGUUAACUGACUUGGAGAAGAAGGAAACCGAGUACAAAAAAUCGGAAAACAUCGCGCAUACAGAGUAUAACGCGCUGUGCAAACAGCUAGGUAUAACCGGUUACAGCACGGUCAGGCGCGAGUUAAUGGAGAAGAUCAAAGAGUUGGCCAAGAUCUACCAGAGGAUCGCGGAGAAAACGAGGAGCCUGGAUAAAAUCGUCGAGUUUUACUGCGCAUUCGUGGAGUUCACUUUCGGCCAGCAGUACGACGGUAAUACCGUGCCCGUAGUCAAGCACGUGAUCGAGAAAGGAAAUACGACAACGUUCGAGUACACUUACGGCGAGGCGCCGGCGUCGAUAAUCGAACCACCGCUGAACAUUAAAGCCGACGAGGAUGAGAGCGUCAAGUCCAACACAGACGCUGAUGCCAUCGACUUUGGCAGCUUGGAUUUGAACGGGGAGAUCGACUUCGGCGAGGAAGUUGACUUAAACGCAGGCGGCGACAUUGACUGGGGUGACACGGGUGAUGCGGAACAACCCGCUGCUGCGCAGAUAGAUUACGAUGUCUCGCUGGAGGAGUCGGGGAUAGUCGUGGAGUCGGCGGGUUACGAGGGCGGGACGGCCACGGGACCCGAGGCGUACACCGUGCUAGAUAAUCCGGCGACGAGAUCCGAAUUUAUUAAUCAGCUGUUUGAGUUGGAGGCGUUCAUGAAGCUACGCCUGUACGAGUUCAAGGGCGACGACAAGAAUAAUCUUCUGAGCUUCAGCCAGAUGCAGGAUGCCGCCCCUAUCUUACAGCUCUCCACCACGGAGAGCACUCAAAAUAUGCUGGACAACGUCCAAGUGGUCCUCUCCGAAAUGUUGCACAGCAAUGUUCAGCAUUUGCACAACAUCAAACAUUACUCGAGGUACGUGGACGUGGUCGCAGCCACCUUGAAGCAGAAAUUAAAUCUGAUCGACAGGAUGGUAGCUGAGCAAAAAUGCGUGCGGCAGAAGCAGGAAGAGGCGCAAGAUAAAAUCGAGGAAUUGCGUCCGCUGUUGAAGCUCGUUAUACAAAGAACCAAGGAAUUGCAGGCGGAAAUAGAGCGAGAUAUUUCCAAGAGGUACAAGAACAGAACGGUACACUUGACUGGAGGCGUAAAUACAUUGUAGUCGAGACGAAGUAACUGUUGAGUAAUAAAUGCGAUGUAAAUAAUUUUUAGAUUAAGGCAAGGCAGGUUGUUACUGGUGAAAUAUUUGCUAUAAAAUAUUUGCUACAAAAUAAACGAUAUGAUUUUUUACUUA